UUAUUUGAUUAAAUUAAAAUAUCAGAAGCCUAUAAUGUCUGAAUACUAUUAUGACCAAGAAAUAAGGCCCUCGAUAAUGAGCAGAAUCUCUGAAGUACAGGUUGAAGAGACUGUUGAGGAAAUCCCGAGCUCAAGAGACACCUGUGACUACAUUCAAAGCUCUAUCAACGAAGAUGUGGUUGUUCAAGGAGCUAAUAUUUAUGACCGAUACUUUCGAAUAGGUGGUAAUAGAGAAAGUUUUAGCAGAAUUCAACAAAAAUCAAGAGGAAGUACUCCAGAAGAAGAGCUUUCUGAAGAUCUGUGAUUUUCACCUAAGAAGCAAGUAGAAGAUGCACUUGAUACCCCAAAAUCAGCCCUUUCAUCAAAUCAUGACCUAAGCUUUGACCAAAACUAUGAAUACGAUGAAACUCCCCAGAUUAUUAGGAAGAACGUCUCUCCAUCUUGUGAGGAGAAAAUAGAGUUUGAAGCUAGAUCUCCCGAAGAGAAACUACAUCAUCCAAAGCCUGAUUUUAUUAAUAGCAGCCUAACCAAAGAUCAGAAGACUUCAGCACGGGAGUCUCCCCAGAGCUUGAAGAAGAAGAUAACUAAACCUAAAAAGAAGAGGAAGAAGACUAAGAAGACCAAAUCUCUAGUAAAAACCAGCACUUCAGGGUUCAGAAAUGCUAAAAUCCUAGAUUCCCUGAGACCACAGAGCCCAGACACAAACCUAAGUAAAUUUAGUAAACACAUUUAUUCAGCUGAGAAGAAGUUCCUUUCAGAUGGGAUCCUGAAGCAAGCUAAGAAAUUGAAAGCGAUGAAGACUCAACCAGCAAGCGCUAAUAAGGCCACAAAGACGAAAAAUAGCAAGAAGAUAGACAGAAGUAGGCCAAAAGAGAGUACUGGGGUUUCUACCCUCAAGUUUACAACCCAAGAUGGUCGCACAAGUAUGAGAUCCACAUUUGACGCUGCCAGAGCAAGCAUUACUGAAGGAAAUGAAGACAUGGGCAUGUCUAGAAGCUCCUUCACAGGAGCUUCUAAGGGAAAAAUGUCUAUCCAACCUGAUAAUAUUCAUGCUAUUCCUGAGAAAAUGAUCAAAAAGAGGAAGAAAAAGGGUAAAAAGAAGCGGAAACUUAGGCUUAAAAGACCUGGCACAUCUACAGGUAGAGUCGGUAGGGACAUGGCUGUGACUCCGAGCAGAUCUACUAUAAUAUACGACUUUAAUGAUUACGGGGAUGAGAUCAUCAAGAAGGAGACUAUCCAUGAGUACCAAGAGAGGCCUUAUUCCUCAAAUAAAAUUAAGAAGCACAGAAGAAAUGCAACGAAGGUAUUCAAAGACUGGGAUACUCCAAAGUGAAGGAGGAACAGAGAGUUUAAUAAAGUAAUGAGAGAUGCCUGGGAUAAUAUCAACAAUAAGGGGUACUUGAAGACCAUUGAUAAUAGCCAUACUACUCCAGAGCUAUAG